GAGACAGGGGAGGGGAGUCUGUGCUGCUGUUAAAUUUCUCUCCAACAUACAAAAAGACUGCACAGAGUAAUACAGAGGUUUGUUCUUGCUGGACACUCAGAAUGCAUUGGGUACCUGUGAUACUGGCAGGCGUGUUGGCUGCUGUCUGCAUAACCUUUGGCUAUGGUGCUCCUUCUGGUACCACAGUCAGGAUGGUCACCACAACAAACAUCCAAAAACAAAGGAAUAUCACCAUGGGAGCUCCAGGAGCCAAUGGGACCAUGCAACCAACACCGUAUGGGGAUGAAAAUCUGGAGGAGCCCCUUCCCAAAGACAGAAGGGUGACACUAUCAAAAGAGAAAAUUCCAGAAAAGAAAGCCCAGGUCCCGACGAAAAAAAAAGUGAAGAUCGUAAAGACGGUGAAAGUCAUGAAGAAGCUGAAAGCAGAAAAGCCAUCGACUAAGAGCCAAGGAAAACCGUGCCCCCCACUGGGCCUGGAGUCACUUCGAGUGUUCGAUUACCAGCUGAGAGCAUCCAGUACAAAGCGUUAUGGCCUGGGGGCCCACAGAGGGCGUCUCAACAUACAGUCUGGAAUCUACGAUGAUGAUUUUUUUGAUGGCGCCUGGUGCGCCGAUGAGAAGAAUACCCAGCAGUGGUUUGAGGUGGAUGCCAGGAGACUCACUCGCUUUACUGGAGUCAUCACUCAGGGCAAGAACUCCAUAUGGACAUAUGACUGGGUGACGUCAUACAAAGUGCAGGUCAGCAAUGAUACCCACACUUGGAAGACUUGCAAGAAUGGGACAGAGGAGGUGAUAUUUAAAGCCAACAAAGACCCUGAAACGCCUGUGCUGAACCAUCUUCCCACCCCGAUGGUGGGCCGCUACAUCAGAAUUAACCCACAGACUUGGUUUGAAAAUGGUACUAUCUGCUUGAGAGCAGAGAUCAUAGGAUGCCCACUCCCAGAUCCGAACACAGUGUUCAUGUGGGAACAUGAGCCACAGCCCACAGAUAAGCUGGACUUCAAACAUCACAACUACAAGGAGAUGCGGAAGCUGAUGAAAGAUGUUAACGAUGAAUGUCCUGAGAUCACUCGAGUUUACAGCAUUGGAAAGAGCUACCUAGGUCUGAAAAUGUAUGUCAUGGAGAUUUCUGACAACCCUGGACAGCAUGAACUUGGUGAGCCGGAGUUCCGUUAUGUGGCAGGGAUGCAUGGUAAUGAAGUAGUUGGUCGGGAGCUGAUGCUGAACCUCAUGCAGUAUCUUUGCAAGGAGUACAAGAAGGGUAACCAACGUGUCAUGCGCCUGGUGACUGAGACACGAAUUCACUUAUUGCCCUCAAUGAAUCCCGACGGAUAUGAGCAGGCCUAUAAACUGGGAUCUGAACUGUCUGGAUGGGCCGUUGGUCGGUGGACCUACCAUGGGUAUGACUUGAAUCACAAUUUUGCAGAUUUAAAUACCCCUCUCUGGGAAGCUGAAGAUAAUGAAGAGGUGCCUCACAAGUUCCCUAACCAUUUUAUCCCAAUUCCUGAGUACUACACGGUCGCAAAUGCAACGGUGGCUCCUGAGACCCGUGCUGUCAUUGACUGGAUGCAGAAAAUCCCUUUUGUACUAAGUGCUAACAUGCAUGGAGGUGAGUUGGUGGUCACUUACCCCUUCGAUAUGACACGUUCCUACUGGAUGGCCAAAGAACUUACUCCUACUGCUGACGAUUCCAUGUUCCGCUGGCUCGCCACUGUCUAUGCCACUAGCCAUCGCAUUAUGGCAGAAGACAACCACAGGAUCUGCCACACAGAAAACUUUAUGACACAUGGCAACAUUAUCAAUGGAGCAGAUUGGCACACCGUAGCUGGCAGCAUGAAUGACUUCAGUUACCUGCACACCAAUUGCUUUGAGGUGACUAUAGAGCUCUCCUGUGAUAAGUUCCCCCAUGAGGUGGAGUUGCCCAUGGAGUGGGAGAAUAACAAGGAGUCUCUGCUGUUGUAUAUGGAGCAGGUCCAUCGAGGCAUAAAAGGUGUUGUGCGGGACAAGGACACAGAAAAGGGAAUUUAUGAAGCCAUCAUUGUGGUGAAUGAGCUGAACCAUGACAUCCGCACAGCUGUGGAUGGUGAUUACUGGCGCCUUCUCAACCCUGGGGAGUAUGAGGUGACUGCCAAAGCCGAGGGGUACCAUCCUUCCACCAAAUCUUGCCGUGUGACCUAUGAAAACCAUGCUACCAUUUGUGACUUCUACCUAACCAAGACUGCAAAGCAGCGCCUGAGGGAAUUGCGUGCCAACGGGAAAAAGCUGCCCAAAGAGCUCAUGCUGCGACUCCGCCAACUGAGAACCCGCAAGUUUAAAUCCCUGAGCCCCAAGUGAAUGGGGGAAAGCGCAAAAAGGACAGAGCACUGGGUGGACAACUGAAACAUCAUUAUCCCUCUCCGAAACGGCUGAACGCAAGCGCAGACUGAGCGUAUUUGUAGUGGCAGAUGGCACAUUAUAUCAAAAUACAAACCAGUUGGAUCCAAUUAUAACCUGCUCACAACAUCUGCUUCCUAUCAUGUCUUUACUCAAUUACAAGUUUGGGUAAGAUACAGUGAUUUGUGCUAAGCUCCAUGAUUUUUACUGCAGUCUGUUAGAAAAUAUUUUGGGGUCCUAUAUAUGUUUUAUAUGCCCCAGAAGAGCCCAUUAAAUCAGAGACUUCUGCACUAAAACAGGUGUCACGUUCUCUAAAAAAAAACAUUUACUCGAGUAUAAGCCCAGUUUUUCAGCCC